UUGGGCCAACAUUCCCCAGAACCACUGAACAAUAUAGUUUGUGUCAUUUAAAGCCGAGUUGCAGUUAUAUGUUGUUUCAAAGACUACCAGAUGGCUUCGACAAGAAAGAAUACAAUUUCGCUCCGUAGUUUAAUAUUUYCUUUCGUUACAUUGAUUCUAAUUCGUGAAGUCUUCAGUGAGAAACCAAGUUCUUCCGAAGUGACUGGUGUAGUUAAACAAGACGUAACCUUCAAGUUCAAUACGUCACGUAACAACUCCAUUCUAGGUGCCAAGUUCGGUCUUGAUGGAAAUGAAGGUUAUCCAGUUCCAAAGUUUAUAACUGCAACAAUGACUCCAGAAGGAAAAGAAAAGAUAACUUGUGGAGAUGAUUUGGUUGGUCCAGCAGCAAACUACAAGGGAAGAGUAUCAUUCGUUGGUAGUCUAGAUAAGGGCUAUGCUUGGUUUCUGUUGUCAAAUCUGUCGCUGAACGACACCAAUACGUACAUGUCCAUUGUACGCGAAGAUUCUGACCAAGACUAUCGACAAAAAAAAGUAUUCAAAUUGAUCGUUCGUGACAAAGAAAGAACAUCGCCAYCGCAAACUAGUGAGGCAGGAUUUACCGACUUCGAAGGAGUCGCUAUAAAAAAUUGUUUAUCAUAUCGCAUCGUGGGUAAAGACAAUUGGUUAACUCUUAAAGCUGCGGUAAGUAAAAACAGUACCAUAAGAAAUGGAUGUAUAAAAGUAGCUGUAAAAUCCAUUAAAUUGAUCAUUAAGUUCGUCCCUAUUGUAAUGAUCUUAAUGAUAUUCACAUGCAUAUGAUGACGUAGUUGACCC